GAGCUUGGCGAGAUCCGAAAGAGUUGGCAGCCUUGACAACCUCACAAUUGCAAGCGACAUGGAACAAACACUUUCACACACUGCUUUUAGCAGAGGAAGGGGUGGUUUGUACGAGUUCUACUCGUUCUGGAACGAGUAGCUCCUCUUCAACAUCUACAACGAGCUCGUCGUCGAAUAGGAGCUUGCGUCCGACUUUUGCUGGCUGUCUCGAAGAAUUCUAUCAAGAGUCCAUAGUUUGCGAAAUUGGCGGUCUCUGGAUGCAGUGGCUGGCGACCUUGGGCGACGAAAAAACUUCAGAGCAAGCCGAAUCAGCUACAGCUGCUGAAAUGAAAACAAGUAGUAGUUGUAGUAGCGUAAGCGUUACUACUUCUUCCUCCGGUUCUUCCGGUUCUACGUCCUCUGCUGGAGGGACGCGUGGGAGCAGGAGCAUCGAUAUCUUAGACAUUGAGAAUCUGCCUUUGCUCCAGCUCUGCGUUCUUUACCGGUUUUGCAAGACCAGCGGGAUUAGUUCCAAGCGGGGAAAGACCUUGUGGCACAGUCUAGUAGAUCGGGGAGUCCUGCUGGUUCAAGAGAAAGUUUCGAAAUUAACCACCACGACCACUGCCGCAGCCGACCUGGAGAUGCUGUCUUUGUCUACCUCUUCUACUUCUUCAAGGAAAGACAAAGAGCAGGAGCACAGGACGGUGGAUUGGGAUCUCCAUGAUAUCGAGGACAAUGAAGUGUCUACCGCAGUCCUGGUCCAAUUGAUUUUGGCUCUGUUCCCUCGAGUCCAGCGCAAAGACGAGAACCAGCAGCGCCUAUGUCACACUGCUUUGUCCCUUUCCAUGCAUCGUCCGGAUUAUGCGCUUCCCUUGGUUUUUACCGGUGUCUUUUCGCAUCUUCGCACGACAGUUCUCUCUGUGACGUCGAGUAAAAACGACUCGAGUCGACAUGUGCAAGCCGAUCACGCAGGAGAGUCCUCCGUCGUCGUGCGACAACCAGUCUGGCUAGCACAGAUUCACCUGAUGCUGCAGUCAAUGUAUUC